AUGGCCAUAAAACCGGUUUCGACAAGUGUAUGGAUAGGAGAGCUGACAUUAGACAAAUUACAACAUGAAAUGCAUGCCAGUAAAAAUGAAUUAGCUUAUCUUCAACAGUUAAUCAAUCUCCGAUCAAAGAAACGACAAAUACAAUCACCUAAAGAUGCAGGUUAUGCCCGCCCUUCAGUAAUUAUCGAUAAAUUUCUUUAUCAUGGCGAGUUGAAACAUGCAGAAAACAAGUAUCUACUAAAUGAUCGCAACAUUGGACAUAUUAUCAAUGUGAGUGACUGUCCAUUGCAACAGGAUAUUGUCGAGCAUUUCAAUGUACUUUGGAUCAAUUUGGACGAUAAUUUUGGUGUUGAUAUUUCGCAAUAUUUCGAGACAACAAAUGAAUUUUUGAAUAUUUGUAAGGCAAAAGACGAAAAAGUGCUCGUUCAUUGUCGGAUGGGUAUCUCUCGUUCAUCUACGAUUGUUCUUGCUUAUCUACUGAAGUAUCACUAUGAUUCGUUGCCCAAUGCUUACGAUUACUUAGUUGAACGACGUCGUUUUGCUGCUCCCAAUCACAGUUUUUUCUUACAGCUAAUUCGUUAUGAGCGCAAACUGUACGAGAAACCGGAUGUCAAAAAGCCACCAACUAUUGACGAAAAAUAA